GAGCGAGGGGAGCCCGAGCAGCCGGAGGCGGUGGCCGCACCGCCACCCGCCGGGCCGCCGCCCGGCCGCCGGCUCGGGAACAGGGGACCGCGGCCGGCCUGCACCCGCCGGGGAGUGACCCAGGGCUGCCCGAGAGGCCCUACCGGCGGCGUCCCCAGUGGCCACCCCUGAGUUGGCUGCGUGAAACUUUUCCCCGCGCUCUUCGGCUCGGAGCCCGCGCCUCUCGCCGCCGCCCCCGCAGGGACCCGCCGCCCGUGGGGAGCGAAGGGGGGGGAGAGGCCCGUGGCUCCCCCCCCGCCUCCUGUUGGGGCCCCCCCGGGCGAUGGCCGCGGAGCUGGCGAUGGGCGCCGAGCUGCCCAGCAGCCCGCUGGCCAUCGAGUACGUCAAUGACUUCGACCUGAUGAAGUUCGAGGUGAAAAAGGAGCCGCCCGAGGCCGAGCGCUUCUGCCACCGCCUGCCGCCCGGCUCGCUAUCCUCGACGCCGCUCAGCACGCCCUGCUCCUCCGUGCCCUCCUCGCCCAGCUUCUGCGCGCCCAGCCCGGGCACCGGCGGCGGCGCGGGGGGCGGCGGCGGCGCGGCGCAGGCCGGGGCUGCCCCGGGGCCGGCAAGCGGGGGCCCCGGCGCCGUCGGGGGCGCCUCGGGGAAGCCGGCGCUGGAGGAUCUGUACUGGAUGAGCGGCUACCAGCACCACCUGAACCCCGAGGCGCUCAACCUGACGCCCGAGGACGCGGUGGAGGCGCUCAUCGGCAGCGGCCACCACACCGGGCACCACGGCGCGCACCACCACCCAGAGGCCGCCGCGGCCUACGAGGCCUUCCGGGGCCAGGGCUUCGCGGGCGGCGGCGGCGCGGACGACAUGGGCGCCGGCCACCACCACGGCACGCACCACGCCGGCCACCACCAUCACCACCACCACCACCACGGCGGCGCGGGCCAUGGCGGCGGCGGCACGGGCCACCACGUGCGCCUGGAGGAGCGCUUCUCCGACGACCAGCUGGUGUCCAUGUCCGUGCGCGAGCUGAACAGGCAGCUCCGCGGCUUCAGUAAGGAGGAGGUCAUCCGGCUGAAGCAGAAGCGGCGCACGCUCAAGAACCGCGGCUACGCUCAGUCGUGCCGCUUCAAGCGGGUGCAGCAGCGGCACAUCCUGGAGAGCGAGAAGUGCCAGCUCCAGAGCCAGGUGGAGCAGCUGAAGCUGGAGGUGGGGCGCCUGGCCAAGGAGCGGGACCUGUACAAGGAGAAAUACGAGAAGCUGGCCGGCCGGGGCGGCCCCGGCGGCGCGGGCGGAGCCGGCUUCCCGCGGGAGUCCUCGCCGGGAGUCGGGGCCAAGGGCGCUUCCGACUUCUUCCUGUGAGCACCGGACCCCGAGCCCGCGCCGCCGCCGAGGAGAGGCUCGCGCGGGCGGCCCGGGGCCUCGGCUCGGACUCCGCGGCCCAGGGCGAGGACGCAUGGC